CUUAAUUAGAAUAAAUUUUAGGAUUAGGGUUUUCGAUACUGAAGGAGAAACGGUGUGAUUGUUUCAAUUUAUUCGUGUUUUCACUUCAGGAUUGCAUCAGUCCGUCAAGUGAUUGGCUUAGAUGGAUCUGGAAACUGAAAACAGAAUAGCUGCUAUUCUCUUGAAAGAAGCAUCUGAACUGAGGCGGCAAGCAGAUAGGGAAGGUGUUCAUGUGUAUUGUCAGCAGCCAAAAGUAAGGGGUCUGCCAAAUUCUCGGUUUAUCACUGCAACUGUGCUCGGUGUACAGCAAGCUAAUCGAGCUGUUGAAGUGAAUGAGAUGUGGCGUGCAAGACAAAAGGAGCUGGAGCUAAAUGAUAGGCUAAAAGGAGGAUCGGAAAAUGAUACCAAGCACAGCAGGAGUUAUAGGAACAGUAGAAACUCCUCCAGAAGGACCAGUGAAAAGCAUGACAGUGAUUUGAGUGCUUCAUGCUCAUCAAGCAAGAUAAUGAACGAGAGUUCUUAUUUAGGGGAAGAUGAAGGUCUAAGAGAUGAAGAUAUUGAGAAAUUUCUUCAGUCAAGGGUAAAGCGUGGUCGAGGUUCUAUAGGUUCAAGGAUGGAUGAAACAGGACCUUACCUACCCAAAAAUUCUGAUUCCCCGGAAAUGGUUUCAACAAACCCUAUUGUGAGGGAACAUCGUGUCACAUUAGGUCCCGAGAAGCCUUUUUCAUUGAGGUCUGAUGAAUCUUCUUCCGAUGAGGAUCUUCGAGAACAUAGACGGAAGAAAGAGAAGGAUCCCUCUAAGUGUUCAGAAAAGAAACAUAGAAGGAAGCACGAAGCUAAAGAAAACUCGAUAGAUAAGAAAAAGAAGAGGAAGGAGGAGAAAAGAAGUAAACAUCGCUAGUGUAUACAAAGGUUUUACAUAAGUUAGUUUUAUCAAUUAAUUCAUGUACCAUUUGGAUCAGCUGUAGUUAGUAGAGACGGGUUGUUCCUUAUUCUAUGAUGAAAAUGAGUAUUUGUGAAGGUGUGCA